UUUGAUGAGCUCUUCCCAAACAUUGAUGCUGGUCUCUUGAUCGCGGUUAAUUGUUUGUGAGUUCAUCUUCUAACCUUGCAAUAAAUUUGUGGAGUUUUUAAAAGUGCGGCGUGGGAGAGAAGGGUUUAUUCUAAUUUGGGAUUUUCCUUGUCGAGAGGGGAAGAAGGGCGAAUCUGGUCAGAGCAAAGGAGGAGCAGGGGAUAAUGGAUCCUGAUGCAGUGGCAAAGGCGUUUGUGGACCAUUACUACAACAUAUUUGAUACCAACAGGGCGGGUCUGGUGAGCCUGUACCAAGAUGGCUCCAUGCUCACCUUCGAGGGCCAGAAGAUACAGGGUGUCCAGGGUAUCGUCGGGAAGCUCACCAGUCUGCCCUUCCAGCAGUGCAAGCACAACAUCAGCACCGUCGACUGCCAGCCCUCUGGCCCCGCUGGCGGCAUGCUCGUCUUCGUCAGCGGUACCCUCCAGUUGCCCGGUGAGCAGCACCAGCUCAAGUUUAGCCAGGCAUGGGAGAUGGUUGGCAGUUUCAGGGUUGUUUGAGAGACCUGAAGAAGUUUGAGAGCAGUCCUGGGAUGCUCAAGCAUGGCCUCAACAUCUCCUUCCAGGGGGAUGCCCUGGAAACAUCCACUGUUUGAGAAAAAUUUCCUGGGGACAUCUUCCUGCUGGUUGUGGUGGGGGAAUGUACCUUUAGCAUCCCACAAUCCUUGGCACAUCUCCAUCCUAGAAAUGGCCUGUAUUGUGGGGAAGGCAUGUACCCAUGGAACACUGGUUAAAAUUGACAUUCGGUAUUUUUUCCAUACUGCAAAGAAACACGGAAAAAAUGAUUUUUUGUAGAAAACUGGAAUGACAAGGGAUGGACCUACAUAUUUGGUUUGACUAUAUGUGAGGUUUACUUGUUAGGUUGGUUGCACCACUUUCAUGGGACACCACACCAGUGAUUACAGUAAUUGUGUAUAAUAAUUUAUUAAAAUUUGGAGAUAAUUGCUUAUAUUUUGUGACA